UGAUUAUUGUCUUUCGUGUGUCAAAGAAGCUCAUAAAAUCUGCAAGAAUCAGCGACACAACGAAGUGUCAGUGAAAAAAUCCCUCGUCAUUGUUAACAACAUCGACAAUUGCCCAUGAAAACUCCAAAAAGUCUCCAAAUUAUCGAUAAAUAAACGAAAAUGCGAACAUAACCUCGAAGCCGACAAGACAUGAGGCUAUGGUACCUUCGACUGAGCAAAUGUUGUGAUGAACUGAACAAAAAAGUUAUAAACCAUUGAAAAAUGCUAGUGACACUGUGCAGAAGGGUCCUGAGGGUGGACAGGUCACUCUUGAGGUUCUGUUCUGUCAAUGCAGAGCACGUAGUGACGAAUCCCAGCGGCUCAGAGGGGCACCCGGAUGACGAUUUCAUCGUCGAUCAGUCCUUCGAGAUCGGACGACUCCGCAGGGAGGAGGAUAAAUGCUUGAGGAUUGCUAUUUUGGGGCUUCCAAACGCCGGGAAGAGCACCCUGGUGAAUCAACUUGUUGGGAGACAGAUAUGUGCAAUGUCAGGAAAAGCUCACACCACGAGAUCGAAGACGAACGUCAUCUACUCGGAGGGCGACACCCAGUUGAUCUUCAUGGACACCCCCGGGCUCGUAACCACCCGCGACUUCAAGAAGUUCAAGCUCGAGCCGAGCUUCAAAUCUGACAUCGAUAAGUCCCUCGAAAGAGCGGAUAUCGUGGGAGUCGUCCAGGACGCAGCGCAUCCCUUCAAGAGACACAAGAUUGACGUGAGGGUGAUCGAGGCGCUCAAACGUACGAGGCCUGGGGUCACUUCUAUUCUCAUCCUCAACAAGGUCGACAGGGUCAAGCCCAAAAAGGAGCUCCUCAAGCUCGUGGACCUCCUCACGGGCGAGAACAACUGGCCCAAUUUCUCCGACAUCUUCAUGAUUUCUGCUCUGCAGAACGACGGAGUCGAUGAUCUGAGGGCGUACCUCCUGGAUUCAGCUAAAAGCAGAGACUGGGACUUCAGUACCAAUCAGAUAACAGACGCACCAACAGAAAAAAUAGUGGAGAGAACUGUAAAAGCCAAAUUCAUGGAUGCCUUGCCUGACGAGCUCCCCUACACCCUGAACAUCCAGACAGAACACUUGGGAGUUCUUCCCGAUAACAGCAUGACAGCUAUCGUAAACGUACACUGUCCCUCGGACAGGAUUUCCAAACUGGUGUUGGGGCCCGGCGGUUCACGAGUGAAGAAGGUAUCAUUGGCUGCUGAGCAGGAGCUCAGUAACGCCUUCAGAACGACUGUCAGAUUAAAAAUAGCUGUCAUUUUUUCUGAACAAAAGUCAUAGAAUUGUAAGUUCUGUAAUUACCAAAUAAUAAAUUGUAAAUUUACGACGAAGUCGAUUUUUUGGAGACGUUGGGCAGACAGGAACUGACAUUGUCACUGCUUUGGGAUGUGGGGCACACAUUUUUCUUUUUAUUUAUAAUAAUAAUUAGCUACAGUCUGAUAAUGAGUUUAACAAUAAUUUUGUUCUAUAGUUUAAGACGCGACUUAAACCCUUUGCCAAAAUUAUGCAGAUUGUUUUCAAUGGAAUUUUUUGUAUCUGCAAAAUUCCUCAAAAUUAUGAAUAUCAAUUUUUU